AAGCGUAAGCAUUUUUGCUUUUUAGAAAAGGAAAUUGAAUCUAUUUUUUUUAAAGAAGAACUUAGUAAAUCAAUAAAGAAAAAGAAAACAGAGUCAACAAAAGGACAUAUGAAGUUCAAUAAAAGUUUUCAAGACCUUAAUAAAUCCCCAGAACAAGCUUUUAUCAAGCCAGAUGUUCCUUUAAUUCCUCGAUGUUCUAACACUUCAGAUGAUGUUGAUUUCAAUAAAAAUUCAUCUUUAACAGAUUUUUCAUUCAAUUUGUCUGAAACUUAUCAAAGAAUGCCUAAUUCUUCAACAAUAGUACCUUUUGCUGCAGCAGAAAAUUCAGGAGUAUGCAAAACUAUUUUGAGAGGGUUAGAACAAAUUAAAGAAACACAAAAAUUUCACUCUAAGAUGAUUCAGAAUUUAUUGCAACGGUUUAACAUAGAAAGAGACAUAGCAUCAGUGGAGCUACCAGAAGGUUUAACAUUUCCUGUAACAACAAUGGAAGAACUGGAUAAGGCUCUUGAAAUAUUAGCUAAUGUUACUACUCAAAGGAUUUUGGUUCAUAUUCUUUUUGAAAAUGGUGGGCAAGAUAUUUCAGAAUUUGUUAAUCGAAAUAUGACUUAUCUUAUUGGAAAUGUAUUGGCCAGACAGCUAAAUUUGACCGGCCAAAAAAAUAAGCGUGGAUUUAUUAAAACCAUUUUGUACAACAUUCUUUAUACUUCCAUAAAAAUGAAUACAUCUACAAAAGAGUGUACAAAAAAACAGCUUGAGGAGGCUCUUUCAAAAUGGUUUGGUAAUGCUCGUGACAGAGGUAUAGGUCGAAGACGGCGCUUAGAUGUCGUUAAUUAUUUGGAAGAAAGUUUUUAAAUAAUUCUUAAUCCUAUCUUAAACGAAUAUGUUAUA